GUGGGUGGCCACAGCCCUAUAAAAGCCGAGGGGCUCCUUCACCAGCAAGGAGCAGAACAAUGGAGCACCGUGGCACGGCCGUGGCCAGGGGGCCCGCCGUCCUGGCCAUCGCCCUCCUGUGCACCGUGGCCUCCGCCCAGGACACCUGUCCAGAGGUGAAGGUGCUGGGUCUGGAGGGCUCCGACAAGCUCUCCAUCCUCCGAGGCUGCCCGGGGCUGCCCGGAACCCCAGGGCCCAAGGGAGAGGCCGGCGCCAAUGGACUGAAGGGAGAACGAGGUUCCCCCGGAGCCCCUGGGAAGGCAGGGCCGGCCGGGCCCAAAGGAGAGCCGGGGCAGCUCCCGACAUGUGCCACAGGACCUCAGACCUGUAAAGAGCUGCUCACCAGGGGGCACUUUCUGAGUGGCUGGCACACCAUCUACCUGCCCGACUGCCGGCCCCUGACCGUGCUGUGUGACAUGGACGUGGACGGUGGGGGCUGGACCGUUUUCCAGCGAAGGAUGGACGGCUCCGUGGACUUCUACCGGGACUGGGCGGCGUACAAGCAGGGCUUCGGCCAUCAGCUGGGAGAGUUCUGGCUGGGAAAUGACAACAUCCACGCCCUGACCUCCCAGGGAACCAGCGAGCUCCGGGUAGACCUCGUGGACUUUGAGGGCAACCGCCAGUUUGCCAAGUACCGGUCAUUCAAGAUGGCGGGAGAGAAAGAGAAGUACAAGCUGGUCCUGGGAUCCUUUGUCGAGGGCACUGCCGGUGAUUCCCUGACGUCCCACAGCAACCAAGCCUUCUCCACCAAAGACCGAGACAACGACAAAAAUACUGCGAACUGUGCGGUGCAGUGCCAGGGGGCCUGGUGGUACAACAGCUGUCAAGAGUCGAACCUGAACGGUCGCUACCUCGGGGGGCACCACGAGAGCUUUGCAAGCGGCAUCAACUGGAAGUCGGGGGAAGGGUACCACUACAGCUACAAGGUGUCAGAGAUGAAGGUGCGUACCACCUAGGGCGGGGCCGGCCGGCCAGGGCCUCCGGGCGUCGCUCCCUCUGCACACACUGCGGCAGGGGCAGCCGGUCCAGAGCCCUCCCCAGGGAGGGGACGCGGGCUGCGCGUCCCUGUCCUCACGGGAGCAGAACAGCAGCAACAUGUCCCCUGGGCAGGAGCGUCUCACCCUGUGCCUCCACUGAGUUCUAACCCUUCUGUCCUUCUCGCGAGGAUAAGGGAAAACGCGACUCCAGAUCUCUCCAGACACACAUAUUACCAAUAAAGACACCUGCUUAUCCGACAGCAGAUGCACCUUUGUCCCUUCCAUGCUCUGAUCACCGGUCCUGUGCCCCUGUCUGUCCAUCUGUGCACGCGACCUCACUCUGCAGGUGCCCUUUGGGCCGAAGGUACUUCUGAUGGUCUGAGACCUGAAUUGCAGAGCGGGGGGGCCCCCAUGAGGGGCCGAAGGCCAGUCAAGUCUCCCCGCCUCCCUGCCGGCCCAGGGUGCGGUCUGCCUCCAGGCAGUUUUCAAGCUCAGGCUGAGUAGAGGGCUGGAGGCUGAGCCACGGGACCGCACGUGCUAACGUAUUUACCCUCAGCCCUUUUAGAAAAUGUCCUCUGCACCAGCGGGGA